AAACGUGACAAUGUUCUGAAAGCUGAAGGACCUUGCUUUAUGUUAAGUCCUGUUGUACCGUGUUAAACUUUUCCUGUUGACCGCUGUGAUCAGAAGGGAUUGGCUUUGUAUGGUCUCAUGUUGACAUGACUUCAUUAACGAUCGGCUUAAAAACUGAAGAGGCUUCACGUGUUGUUUUGAACAGAAGUGAAAUGCAAACUAACCUGAAAAUGGCAGGCGGCGAGGAGAUGGAGAAGCCAAAAGUUGCUAUACUUCCAUUUAGUGUUGAAGCUUUGAUGGCAGAUAAAAAACCUACCAGAGAAGUAUCGAGUUCCGAAGUGACAGCUAUUGCAGGAGCGUCGCAUACGUGCAGUCCCAGAAUGGGUGCGCUAAGUGGCCCAGAGAUCAACUCUCCAUUCUCGGUAGCAGGACUAAUCAAAAUGCCAGAGGAUGCAAUUGUCAAAUCUGAGAGCCCCGACAGGCAAGAACACAAUUCAUGGAUACAAAGUUCCAGGUUCUCACCUCCUCCGCCAAGACACCUGAGUCCCCCUGCUUGUCCCCUGAGAAAGCACAAAACCAACAGGAAACCCCGGACUCCCUUUACCACUUCUCAGCUGUUGGCCUUGGAGAGGAAAUUCCGUCAGAAACAGUACCUGUCAAUCGCGGAGCGAGCAGAAUUCUCCAACUCUCUAAAUCUGACGGAAACACAGGUUAAAAUCUGGUUCCAAAACCGGAGAGCGAAAGCAAAGAGAUUGCAAGAAGCCGAGCUAGAGAAAUUGAAAAUGGCAGCCAAACCUAUGUUGCCGCCCGCUUUUGGGAUUUCCUUUCCACUUGGUGGACAGGUCCCUGCGACCUCGCUUUACGGAGCACCACAUCCCUUCCACAGACAAUCACUGCCCAUGUCACCCGUUGGACUUUAUGCCGCUCAUGUUGGAUACAGCAUGUAUCACCUGGCCUGACACGGUCCUUCCUUCAGUGACUUUGAAAUACCUCCAAAAUCAUAUGUUCUCAAACGUUUCAAGUCGAGUGACAGAUAAAAAAUAUUACCAUUUCAAAAGCUUUAUUUUCAACCUGAAAUGCAUGUUCUCUUUUCUGUGAGAAAGACGUUAUAUAACGGAAAAAAAACACCUAGUACAUAAUUGGUUACCGGUACCUUGGUUUUGAAAGGGCAAUACUUACUGCUACAGUUAUUGAAAAAUCACUUACUUAUUCCGGCACUUUUAGUAAAUAAAUAUGUUCCAAAUAACCUUUAGAGUUUGUCAGUUUGGAAGUUGGGUGGUACCACAAAGAGGAGCCACGCUUAAUACCAAUGGCAACUUAUUCUUUAAGUGUAGUUUAGGAAUGAUUUUGGCAUCCAAACAAAUCCAUCAGAAACAAA